CUUUUAAAGGCGACUUUACAAGACUAAAGCUUCGAUUUUGCAGCUGCUCCUCUCUUUUGUGCGAACGGCGCCUCUCGCGGUCGAGAUCCCCUCUCCCAUUGUCGUGAUUCCGUUCCUUCAAUGAUCACCUAGGACGCACAUUAUCAGAGGCAGAGGUGUACGAUUUGAUUAAAAACAAAUGGAAGUUCAAAUGGCAGGUGCCUGCCGUUAACAUGUCAAUGUCAAAGUGGGUAGGAACAGGACAAUGUUGUUUGAAGGUCAUUUUUCAAAAGAUCUUAACCUAACCAAUUUUAGAAGUUAAACAGCCUGACUGAUAGGUAAAAACAUCCAAACAAGGUGAUUCUACAAUGUACUGGAACUAGAUCUGUUUGGUUCCCCAUUUGCAGCAAAUGGCAUCAGCUAGUGUGGUGCCUGUGACUGGAUUGAGAAACACAAGUGGAAAUGCUAUCAGCAUGGAUAGGUUGCCUGAAGAAAUGAAUGAUAUGAAGAUAAGGGAUGACAAGGAAAUGGAAACUGCUAUGGUCGAUGGAAAUGGCACAGAGACAGGUCAUAUAAUCAUGACAACUAUUGGGGGUAGAAAUGGCCAACCAAAGCAGACAAUAAGCUACAUGGCUGAGCAUGUUGUAGGGCAUGGAUCAUUUGAAAUUGUUUUCGAGGUAAGCUUCUCCACUUUUAACCAUGGAUCAUACAACAAUGCUAUAUUCAUAGCAUCUUUAGCUGUACAGGAUAGCAGUGCAGGACCCAACUCUUCAGAUACCACUACCACAGAUGUGGCAGGGCGAAGACAAGCUACCACUGAUGAGUUCAUGCUUGAGCAUUUCCACAAACAAAAACUUCUUCAUGUCAUGCGUAGAUAACACAUGCCAGCCUAUGAUCUGGCCUCCAACCACCAUUGAAAUGGCACCACAUGAGGUUUUCAGCUUCUUAUUACCAGUUUCAUGCAAAUAUUUCAGUGAAAAACGUGCUGCUACUGUGAGUAAUCUUUUCUAGUAAAAAACUCGAGACUCAUUUCAAGUAUGAAUAGUUGUUGAAUAGCCUUACAAUUCUUUUUGUUGAUGCCUUACGAAAUAAUACCACUGGUUCUCUUUG